UGGCUGUAAAAUUUUCAUGAAACGUAGUUUAGAUUGGAUACAUGUAGAUAAGAGUUAGUAGUGAUGGUAGAUCUCCACAUUUUAGUAUUAACAUGAAUGUGAUGAUUAGUGUUAGAACAUGCGAAGCGGUGGAUGUGCAAGCUUGCACGCUGUAGGAAGUUGAGUAAGCAGAUAACAGAAAAAUGUGCUAAAGCGAAGAAAGAAGAGAGAAAGAGAGGAGAGGGAUAGAAAGGAGCAGGAAAGAAAGGAAACAGAAAGAAAGGAGAAAAGAAGAAAGCACGGAGUAUUUUUCCAUCCCAAGAUGUCACUUCUUUUCUGCUGGAGCUUUGCGGUUGCCUUCUACGCUCUUUGUAUGCAAGGGGCGUUUAGCGGGAAGCACGAGAAGCGCCUGCUGGACGAUUUGCUCAGGAACUACAACAACCUCGAGCGGCCGACCAGAAAUGAAACAGAAACAGUCGUCGUGAAACUCGGCCUCACGCUUCAGCAGAUCAUAGAUGUGGAUGAGAAGAACCAGAUUCUCACAACGAACGUCUGGCUCAAUCUGGAGUGGACGGACCACAACCUCCAGUGGAACGAAUCCGAUUACGGCGGAGUGUCCGACCUGCGGAUUCACCCGAAAUACGUGUGGACGCCGGACAUUUUAAUGUACAACAGCGCGGACGAGUUGUUCCUGAGCACGUAUCCUACAAACGUGGUGGUGGAGGACAGCGGCAAGUGCACACACAUCCCACCAGGGAUCUUCAUGUCCACGUGCAAGAUAGACAUCACUUGGUACCCCUUCGACGACCAGUACUGUGACAUGAAGUUCGGCUCCUGGACCUAUGAUGAGUCCAAGAUCGACUUGCAGCUGCAGAGCGAGGAUGGCGGCGACACAAGCGGCUAUAUCCCAAAUGGCGAGUGGGACUUGAAAGGCGUCCCCGGUGAGAGAACAUCAAACCAGUACACUUGCUGCCCUGAAGUCUACGUCGACGUUACCUUCAAGAUUCAUUUGAGACGUCGAACUCUUUACUACUUCAGCAAUCUCAUCAUGCCAUGCGUUUUGAUUUCUUCAAUGGCCCUCCUUGGCUUCACUCUACCUCCCGAUUCUGGAGAAAAGCUCACGCUCGGGGUCACUAUUCUCCUGUCGCUUACUGUUUUCCUAAACAUUGUCACCGAGAAUAUCCCUGAGACGUCAGAAGCAGUGCCUCUUAUAUCCACGUAUUUUAACUGCAUCAUGUUCAUGGUGGCAUCAUCGGUGGUUCUGACUGUGGUGGUACUAAACUACCACCACAGAAGCCCUACCACUCAUACCAUGCCUGACUGGGUAAGUUCUUCCGACCACCGCUGGGCUGGAGGUACUGCAAGCACCCCUUCGUCGUCAAGAGACUUCAGAAGCGACCUCGAGAGGAACACGUCCAGGACCACGCGAUACGUCGAGCCUAUACCGCGAUGGGUGCGGACUGUUUUACUUCAGUGGCUCCCAUGGCUAUUGAGAAUGCAGCGGCCGCGCAAGAAAAUUACCAGAAAAACCAUCGCCUUGAGCAACAAGAUGAAAGAGUUGGACUUGAAAGAAAAGUCUUCCAAAUCUCUAUUGGCAAAUGUACUUGACAUCGACGACGACUUUCGACAAAUUCGUACACUUUCUUCCACUCCGACUUCUUCACAUAACGGCGGCUACACGAGGCUACUAGGCAGAUCUUACGAAGAGGGAGGCAUGCCAUCAUCUCAGAGUUCUUAUUGUUUCAAUAACACCAAAGAGUUACAAAACAUAUUAAAGGAGCUUCGAUUUAUUACUGGGAGCAUGAAACAAGAUGAAGAAAAUAAUGAAGUAGUGAUGGAUUGGAAGUUUGCAGCUAUGGUCGUCGAUAGAUUCUGCUUGAUAACUUUUACUCUGUACACGAUCAUCUCGACAAUUGUUGUGAUAAUCACGGCACCGCAUAUUUUUGUUGCUUGAUCUCUAAUAGAGCUGAAAGCUGCGGUGUUCUGCCACAUAAUUUUACAUAUGAGUGAAGAAAAAACACGUUUGUCCUCUCCUUAUAAGCAAUUUUAUUCCGCACGAAAUUAGUUACUUCGUGUGUAACAAUUCAAUAUCUUUUACUCUUUUACUCGAUAUAACUGACAAAAGUGAGUGAGAACGGGUUGUUACUUCUCUCAGACUGACUUGGGUUGUUUUCAGAGAUAUUACAUGUAUUCGUAAGUACCCCACGUGUUGAUGAUGACGUCCAAUACAUCAUUUUCCAACGAAGGCUCUAACAUUUCAUCGCUAUACACCAGUCGGAAUAAUAUUUUAACAUCCCCCUUCACAUAUACCUCUUUC